ACAUUUGACGCUUCCCCAUCUAACCAUCCUGCCGUAACAGUUGACACUAGCAUAGUCUUGUCCCUUCCACUGCAGUUCAAUUAUGGAUGUUAGGAGACCAAUUGUGAUAUACAUUAGUUCAGAUGAAGAGGAUUCCGCAGAGUCCCUCUCCGCCACCAGCCGUGGAGUAGGAGGCGGUGGAAGCUGGGAUGACAGUGACAGCGACGAUUGCGUGAUUUUGGAAGAAGACCCUUUUAAGGCGGAGGAAGUAGUGAAAGAAAUAGCAAGCGAUGAUUCCUGCGAUGAUGUGGUUGUGUGUGGGACAAAGGGUCAGGUUGUUGUUGCCUGUAGAGAUUUUCCCCAUCCUCGCCAUCUUUGUGCUAAAUUCCCCUUUGCUACAACAUCACAUGAAAUCCACUGUGACAAGUGUCAUUGUUAUAUUUGUGAGUCACUGGCUCCAUGUCUCUACUGGGGAAAGAACCAUGUUAUGUCCCACUGCGAUGCUACUGAUAAAAUAGCACUGUGGAGAACCCAUAGAGAAGGCAAAAAGAACAAUAUAGCUCGUGGGUUAAGUAAUUUGACCCUUGGCCAUGCCAAAUCUGAACUAACUUGAGAUCCUUCCCUGCUUGGGAUUCCUUUUGUGCCCCUCCAGUUCAAAGCAUUUUAUGUGAAAGCAGGCAACCCAACGCAAGCCUUUGGUACAUCCAGCAUUUAUCCCGCACUUAUGAUGUUACAAUUGUAUGCACAUGUAUGAACUCUCGAACCACUCUUAUUCCUCACCCCUAAUUUCUCUCCUUCAAAAGCAAAAAGGGAAGGGAACAAAGUGAGGUCAAUGGUGCUCGGACCUGGUCCAAGCAGUUUGAUAGGGACUAUAGCUCUUGGUAUUUGAUAUGUUAUGCAUGACAUGUUGGGGAAGAGUGAUUUAUGUGGGCGGAUUGGGAUGAUAUUCCUAUUUUAUAAAUGAGUUUGUUUAUGGGUAGAAUUUAAGGUUUAUACUCAUGCAUGAUGCAUUGACUGGUGUAUAUUGUUGUUAUUUUUGGAAAGGUUCGACUUCUUAACUCCUGCCGGUUCUCUUGCUACUCCUCUUAAUAGUUUAGCACUUCAUUUUAUAUGAAAAGCUUUUAAUCCCA